AGCAUCAGCAGUCUCCGGGUAGAAUACAGAUUCACAGGUUGCGCUUCUGAGGUUAUUAAUUUGUGGUAAAUUUCGUUUCAUGGUAAAACGGUCGGUAAAACAAAACCAAAUGUAGCAUUUCAAUAAGUCUAGUUUCACUUGCUUGACGUCAUGACCUCCACUCUCUCUGGCUAUAGGGCACUGACAAUAUCAAUCAAACUAACAAGGUCUUCAGGACAGACAGAAAACUUUGUUGUUCAUUAAAAGUACUACAGCGAAAUAACUGCUAUUCAAGACGAAAAUGUCAGAUUCUUUUCUAGUAGUUGCUAUAGACUUUGGUACAGCGUUCAGCGGGUAUUGCUUCUGUGUAAAGUCGUGUAUGGAUAAUAUCAGGUCUGUAUUUUGGGGCAUGGAGCAAGGACACAGAUCCCCUAAAACACCAACCUGUAUUCUGUUUAAUGAAGAGAAACGUUUCAUGAAGUUUGGUUAUGAUGCAGUGCAGACUUAUAACAGGAUGACUUCAAAGGAUGCCUUACGUUUCUGUUUUUUUGAAAAUUUCAAGAUGGAAUUGUACAAUAAGACAAUCAACAAAAAUAUUAUGAUCUGUGCAAAAAAUGGAGAGCCUUUUCCUGCCCUGAAAGUGUUCACAGAAAGCCUGCGCUACCUGAAGGAUCACGCCUUGGACACCAUUAGAGAUUCAACCGAUGGGAGGGAAUUCAUUGCCUCGGAUGUGACCUGGGUGCUGACAGUACCGGCUAUCUGGGACUCUGCAGCCAAACAGUUCAUGAGGCUGGCUGCCACAGAGGCAGGACUGGUAGAGGAGAUGGGUUCAGAGAACCUGGUUCUGGCCCUGGAGCCUGAGGCUGCUUCAGUGUGGUGCAAACAGCUGCCCAGCACUGGCUUUGUACAAGAAGGAGAAGAUCAAGAAAAACUAGAACAGAGUCCAGGAACACAGUAUAUUGUUGUUGAUUGUGGAGGUGGAACAGUAGAUAUCACUGUGCAUGAGGUCCUGGAAGGUGGGUCCCUGAAAGAGCUGCAGAAAGCAUCAGGAGGGGGGUGGGGAGGGUCGUCUGUAGACAAAGAAUUCAGAAGUUUCCUCAGGGACAUUUUCCACCCAGAUGUGUGGGACAGGUAUGAGAAGGAACAUCCUGCAGAACUUCAAAAAAUGAUGUACAACUUUUCCUUUCAAAAAUGUGUUGGAAAGGAAGAGGAUAUAUACAUUUCAUGUCACUACAAUUUGAGCAAAUUAGCACAAGACAAACAGGAUGAUAUAUCUUGCUUUUUUAAAAAGGUAGAUGGAGCCUCUUGGUCAGAUGGAUCUAUCAAAAUUACAUACAACAAACUCAAGACGCUUUUUAAAUCCAGUGUAAACCAUAUAGUUAAGGCAAUCAAGCCUAUCCUGUCCACUCCAGAGAUUAGUAUAGACUACAUCUUGCUUGUUGGCGGGUACGCAUCAAGCAGGUUACUACGAGAUGAAAUCCGAAAAAAGUUCAGUAGCAGGUGCCGUGUCCUGUGCCCCUAUGAUUCACAGCUAGCCAUUGCUAAAGGAGCAAUUUUGUUUGGAAAUGACCCCAAAAUAAUCGCAUCUAGAGUCAGUGCGCUGACAUAUGGCAUUGCUAUAGGUAGGCCGUUUGAUCCUUCAGUCCAUGAUCAUAGAAAGCGGAGAGUGAAUAAAGCGGGUGAUUAUGUUUACUGUGACGAUCUUUUUGAAAAACUGGUGGAAAAGGGUCAAUCUGUGGGCUGUCAGCAAGUUGCUGAGUAUUUCUAUUCACCAAUUGACCAUGAUCAGAACGCAAUGUGCUUCAGAUUUUUCAGUACAGAGAAGCUGAAUGCCAUGUACGUGGACGAGCCUGGAUUGGAGAAAAUCGGGUCCUUUACUGUGCCCAUGCCAAAUGUCAGGCUGGGAAGGAACCGGAACGUUAGACUGGAUAUCAAAUUUGGUUUAACUGAAAUACAAGCAACAGCAACUGACCUGACCUCCAACGAGACUCAAGCAAUCAGGAUAGACUUUUUGACAAUUUGAAAAGCAGUUCAUGAAAUCACCAAAAAAUUACAAUUUUUAUUACAAGCAAUGUAAUUUAUAAAUACUAAAAGAAACUUAAAUUCAAUGAGAAACAUUUUCAUUGAAAAGCCAUUGGAAACACUGAAAAUUAGGCUUAUGUUGUUUUAUCUCAGAUUUUUUUUAUUAUUAUUCAGCUAUUACAUUACAGUCAUUUAUUAAAUAUAGUUUUGUAGCAGUAACAAUGCAUGCCCAUUCUGAUAUGCUAACCUGCACGUACUGUGGGUGUAUGUCUAGUUGAUGCUGGUGAUAUACUCUCCAAAUAGCUUUUCAUUUACAGUAGUAGUGCGGUGCAUGUUGCUGACAAAUGGGUAUAUCUAGUUUUGCAACAGUAGUGUAUGCGGUUUUCAAACAGCUUUGAAAAUAGUUAGCUAGGCCAUUCUUACUGAAUAAGAAACAUUGCUGUUAGUGUUUUUUAUUUAUUUAAAGAGUAUUUAAGUUGGUGAGAUUCUCUUCUAAUUAGAACGAAAUUCUGAUUUUGUAAAUAGGAUUUCAAAAUAAAUGCUGUUUAACUUGAUUUAUUUGCAAUAUGGUGUAAGUUUAUACAGCAAUAUACUGAUUUUAGAAAAACAGUAGCCUAACUGCCUAUAUGACCGUCUUGUUUCAGUGCAUAAAUACGUGCCAUGUGGAAAAUAUGAAAA